AUGGAGGGCACCGCGUUGAGAGAUGGGAAGGCCUCUGAGAAGCGGGAAGUCGAGAGACCAGUUUCUGUCAUGAAUAGACGGUUUUCACUGUGGAACUUUUGGAUUGCUUCGUUGGCAUUAAAGCUGCUACUGAUGCCGGAUUAUUACAGCACCGACUUCGAUGUUCACAGGAAUUGGCUGGCGAUAACCAGAAAUCUGCCUCUGAAAGAGUGGUACUACGAAAGCACCAACCAAUGGACGUUGGAUUAUCCUCCAUUCUUUGCUUACUUUGAAUGGUUUCUUUCACUGUUGGUUCCUGGCAAAGUUAGAAACGAUGGCUGCCUCGAUAUAGUUGAAGUGGGUGAGUUUGGCUGGCCGACUGUGGUAUUCCAGCGAUUGACCGUCAUUGCCAGCGAAGUUCUGCUGUUUGUUGUUUUGCAAGUGUACAUCAACACAAGUUCCACAAGUGAAAAGACAAGAAGUUUUGUCGUUGCGUCCAGUAUUGCUCUAUCUCCAGGCUUUUUGAUUAUCGAUCACAUUCACUUCCAGUAUAAUGGGUUCCUCUUUGCCAUAUUGAUAGCUUCGAUUGUUGCUGCGAAGCAUAAGAGAUAUAUGUGGUGUGCAACGUUCUACGCCAUCUCUUUAUGCUUCAAGCAUAUCUUUUUAUAUUUGGCUCCUUGUUAUUUUGUGUUUUUAUUGAGGGCCUAUGUGCUUAACUUCAAAGACUUCCAGUUCAAGAGUUACAAGGACCUGAUCUACAUUGUCCAAUGGAGACAUUUGCUAAAGAUGGGAUCUGCCGUUAUAGGAGUCUUUCUAUUGUGUUUCGGACCCUUUAUCAGCGACAUGCCUCAAUUACUGAGCAGGCUGUUUCCCUUCUCAAGAGGUCUCACACACGCUUAUUGGGCACCCAAUUUUUGGGCCGUAUACUCUCUUCUUGACAGAGUUCUGGCUUUCGUGAUGCUUAAACUGCCCUAUGUGCACAAGUUCGCGACGAAAUUCAUCUCACCUCCAUUGAUUCCAGAAAGUCUGGAAGAGUUGAGACAAAUUCUGCUCGAGAAGAACAGUGGCACUAAAGGCUUGGUACAGGAGGUGUCUUUUACCAUUCUUCCACAGAUAACACCAAAGUUAACUUUCAUUUUGACCGUCUUUUACCAAGCAUUAGCUGUCAUCCCUCUGCUGUUCGAUCCCUCGUUUAAGAGAUUCAUAGGAUCUCUGACUCUCUGCGGCCUCUCAUCAUACCUGUUCGGUUGGCACGUACAUGAGAAGGCGAUAAUGCUGGUAAUUAUUCCCUUUUCCUUUUUGGUAGUUUGUGAUAGACGCUUACUGUCCUCGUUCAUGCUUGUGACGGCUGCAGGCUAUGUUUCGUUGUUCCCGCUGCUUUAUGAGAACCAGGAUUUCUUGUUGAAGUGUUUAUACACCAUUGCAUGGUGCAUCAUAUACUUCUAUGCCCUAAGGAAAACUUCGCAGCUAACUACCAGUGUCGAAAGAAGGGUCUUCUUCCUAGAUCGCCUUUCGACUAUCUAUAUCUUCCUAUUAGUGGUUCUGGUCUUUGGGGUCCAGUUUUUCGAGGUCAUGAAUUGGAGAUAUCAAUCAUUCCAAAAGUUUGAAUUUUUGGGCUUGAUGGCGUAUAGCGUCUAUUGCUCGCUUGGUGUUAUCAGUUCGUGGAUCGGUUUAUCAUGGAUGUUUAAUUUCGAUGAGCCAUUAUGGAUGACAAACGAAUGA